UCAUCAGUUUUAGAAAAAAAGAUUGUUAUUAUUACAAUGACUUCAAUGGAAGAAGAUGGCCAGCAAGAUGGCACAUCAACAGCGGAAGAAGUGCCAGCGGGAAAUCCUGAUGAACUUACAAAAAAUCCAGUUGCUUUGAAAGAGGCACAUGAACAAAUGGCUACUUUAGAUGUCCUUGUCUGUGGUCAAUGCCAUUCCGCCUUCCACUUUGUUGAGGAAUUUAAGGAGCAUAAGAGCAGUGAGAACUGCACAGGCAAAUCUCCUGUGCGAGAUAGUAAUGAAAGCAAAGCUCAGGUUUGGGCAUUCCUUUUGUGGAAAUGCUCUUCAUCACGAGAUGGAUCAGUUGACAACAGCUGGAAGCUGUAUCAGCAGUGGUGCCGCAUGGCUGAAGCCCAGCGGAAUGCAUGGAUCGCUGCUGGCACCAAUGUUCAAGCCUUGUCAAAAUUUGCUCAUGCUAAAGUAAUGGAAGUGAAGGGUGAUGAUCAGCUGGUACCAGUGCAAACACCACUUCUAGAAACCAGGAAGCGUGGACGACCAAAGAAAACUGCUAAAGUGGAUGACUCUGAAACCCAGCCAUCUGGUGAGGAGAGUGAUGACAUUAUUGUUAGCAAGAAGAAGGUAUAUACUAACAAGACAACAGCUCAGGCUAAACCUAAGGAGGUGGGUGAGCGGGAGUCGGUCCGCAACGCGCAGGAGCGCGUGCCGCCCGAGGAGCGCAUCGCGCGGCGCACGGAGCGCGAGGGCGCCGACCCCGCCGAGGCGGGAGAGUACGUCGUCGAGAAGAUCCUCGCCAAGCGCUUCAACCCGCGCCGCAAGCAGUACGAGUACCUGCUCAAGUGGGAGGGCUACCCACAUGACCAGAACACAUGGGAGCCGGUGGAGAACAUGGAAACGUGCAAGCAUUUGCUGGAGGCGUUUGAGAAGCAGCUCGCGCGGCAGAAGGAGAUCAAAGCGCUGCGACAACAGCAGCAGCAACAACAACAACACCCUGUGCAGGUGAAACAAAUCAACGUACCUUUGCCCCAGGUUGUCAAGACCAUCGUCAAGAAACCAGAGAGCCCAGCACUCACACCAACUGGUCGUCUGCAGCGCACCAGCAAAGUGCGGGCGCUGGACCAGGUGAAGGCGUGGUGCGGGGCGGAGGAGGAGCCCGCCUCCAAGCGGAUCAAGCGGGAGGCCUCCAGCGAGGACGAGGACUACUCCGAUACCGACACAAUCAAGGCUAUAGAGAAGAAGGUUCUGAAUGGACAAUCUUCACCAAAGGGUAACCUGGACCCCGAGUUAGUAAAAUCGUUAGGAUUGGGCGGGAAAGGCAUGCCCAAUAUCAAGGGUGUCAUCAAGGUUGACCCCAAGCAUAUGCCCAAUCUUACCACGGGUGUUUACAUAAUGUCAAAGAGCUCUGGAAUUAUGAAGAUUGACUCUCCAGGAAAACUGGGCCCGGGACUCAACAUAGACCAAGAUGUCAUUCGGAAGCAGAUCUUAGCUGCAAAACAGAAAAAGACUGUAGAAGAGCUGAAGAAAUCUUCACCUGUGCGCACCCCUGUAACACAGGUGAAGAAAACAUUCGGUUCUGGCGGGCAGCAGGUGACGGAGCGCACGAUAACGACGCCAAGUGGACAGAAGAUCAUCCAGCGCACCAUACAGCGGCCCGUGGGCGCCAACCCCGACCGCUCGCCCGUCACCAUCCUCAACAAGAAGUUGCAGCAGGGCGACAGUUUGCUGCGACGGACGGCGAGCGGGCGAGGGCGCGGGCGCGGCGGGUACACCGUGAGCACGGCGGCCGGCAACAUCGUGCGCAUCCGCGACCGCGCCGUGCUGCCCGCCAGCUUCGACUUCGACCAGUCGGACGCAUCAUCGGACACAUCAGACGGCAUCGUGGACCCUUGGCCGUCGGAACUGGGUCCGCUGCCUCCGCCGAGCCCGGACCGGCCGCUGACGGUGUGCCCGGUGACCGGCAAGCGGCUGGCACGCGCGGAGGGGGAGCCCACCCCGCCGCCCACACCCUCCCCGCCGCCCACGCCCUCCCCGCCGCCGCCCCCGGCCACUCCGCCCCCGUCCACUGCAGCCGGCACGAUGCUUAUGAAGGUGGAGAUGUCACCUGGCGGCACAACAGGAAUGUUGGUGCAAGGUGAUGCAGCUCAACCCUCUCUGCCCGUGCUGACUGAUGAGGAUGGUACUGAAGUAAAAGUAGAAGCGGCGACAGUGAAACAGCUAUUAGAAGGGGACGACGGCGAAGAAGUCAGUUUAUUACACACGGGACACCCUCCCAUAAUGAUCCGGGGCGAAGACGGCGUGCUUUACCAGGUGGCUGGCGAGAAUGAGGCCGGACAGACUCUAUUGGUCGCAGCAGAGGGGGUGGAGGGAGUGGAGGGCGCGGGAGAGGGCGAACCCGUCGACGCGGACGGAGACGGCGUCAUGUACGUCACCAGGGACGACGGACAGGACGUGUUGGCGAUAGACCCGUCGCAGUUGGCGCAGCUAAUGCCGGGUGCCGGCGGCGCGACGCCGGCGCUGCAGCAGGUGGCCGUGCAGGUGGAGGGCGAGCCCGGGGAGGACAGCACGCAGGUCAUCGCGCAGCUGCUGCAGGCCGACCUGCCCUCGCCUGGCGGCACUCGGCGGGUAGUCCUCAUGCUGCCAGACGGCACACUGACGAUGACGGAGCUGGAUAAAGAACAGUAUGAAUCCAUCACGGAGGCCGGAAGAGCGCAAGAAUGAAAGUGCGCCGGCGAUCUAUUGAGUAGGACUAUAUGAUCGACUACAUCCAGUUAAGCAGUCUGCUGCGUGCAGCAGUACUUUGUUAGAAGUGGAUUAACUGCCCUAUUUAGGACAUAAUACAGAUUACAUUCCUUUCCGAUUUAUAAUAAUUUGAACUAGUCCAAGAAUCGUGGCAUAUUUUUACUGACAGAAUUUUUGCAUGUAGUUAAUAACUAGGUAGCUUUAUUUCAACUACUAAUAAUGUACUUGGUCUGUGUAUGCAAACUAAUAUGAUGAAUAUUUCAAGUACCAUUUUCAAGAAUCAUAAAAAUAUGCUAUAAAUUACAAUGAAAAUCAUGUUAUCAACAUACACAAUUCUUGGACUUUGUUUAGUUUUGAAUUCCCUUUGUAAAUGAAUGAUCCAAAAUAUUAAUGCAGUGGAUGAGUCAAAGUAAGACUAGUUUUUGUAUAGAGUGUGAGUGAUGUAAUGUUCUGUAAAUAGGAAUAAUGUUUUGAGGUAAUAAAUAAUUCUUUGUACAGUGAGUACAUCAACUUUUAUUCUAUCAGAUAGUUACACAUCGAAAAAAGAAAUUGUUCAUUUCUAAAGGUCGUGUCAUUGGUGAUGUACAUACAUACAUAACAAUGCGCCCCAUCACAAAAACGACGUAUUUAUCUCAACGCAUAACACAUUCAAAAUUCUUUAUUAAAUUUAGGAUGAUAUACAUCACUUAUUGACGUCAAAAAAUUACUUAGUCUACUGAAGCGCAGGUGAAGAAGAAGCGGCGCAACAAACUUGAAUCCUACCCACAUGCAAUAAAAAAUAAUUAGUGAAACUCCUGUACCAACUGGUAUUCACAGAGAAUAAUAUGAUAUAUAUGAGAAGAAUAUGAAUAGUUGCUACCCCGUUUAUGUAAGGUGAUAUUUUAGUUUUCUAUAUAUUCUUACAAGAAAAAAAGCAUGUAUACUUUAUCAUCGGUUUCGGUUUAAGGUGUUUUAGCUUAGGUACUCUUUCUUUUUAAAGGUAAUUCAUUUUUUAAAGAAUUAUAUGCCAAUGCAGUGAACACGUUUGUAUGCUAAUAAAAUAACGGCCCACGCACAAAGGAGAAUUUUACUUGAAAACUGCGCGCCCUUUCUAUGUGAAAACUACUGUUCUGUGAUAAUUUAGGGAAAACCUUUCGUUCUUUUUUCUGUGAGUUGCGGUUUUGAAAUUAGUAUGGAACCUCGGGAGCUGACAGAGCAGUAUAUAAGUUUAGGCCAACAACGGUUGGCUGUGGAAUCAAUAUUAAAAGGCAGCUGGACAAUUUUUUAAUUCACCCAAAAAUCUUUAAUUUUGUACUGGAGAAAGUACUAAUGUACAACAGCAUGUAUUUUUAUAUUUAAAGUAAAUGAUAUGUGCGAGAGAUAUGUGAAGUACCUAUGUAAAUAGACACGUCUGAUUUGAAAUGUAUUACAAUAAUAAUUCCAAAUAGUGUUUAACAAAACUAUUUUAAAUUUUAUUUUGAUGAUAUACGUGUAAUAAAAUUAAACAUAUA